UUUUUUUUCUUUACCUGCUUGAUAUAUAUCCCUCAUCUGCUUUGGAUCUCAAACGACAAUGGGGAUUCGAUCCAUCUUUCGUCGGCAGACUACCGACACUACUACUACUACUACUACUCAGAUUGACACUACCACGGCUGAGGAGACCAAACAGGGCCCUGCUACUGAUGUCGCUGCCGCUGAAAGCAAUGGCUCCAACAGCGAUGAGCCAAAGCUGGGGACUCCGGCUGAAGAGCUCCAACCCGGUGUUAGCCAUAUGGAGGCUAUGACCCAAACCUGGUCCAAGUGGGCGCUUAUCGCAGUGUUUUUGAACAUUUGGAUGCUCUACUUCACGAACGCCUUUCAAAGCGCGAUCCUGAGUAGUCUGAUCCCCUUCAUCACCAGUGAUUGGGAAUCUCACUCGCUCUUGAACACCAUCUACAUCGUCGCAGAUGCCAUUACAGCGGCUUGCUAUAUCCCCCUUGCAAAAAUCAUGGAUCUGUGGGGCCGAGCGGAGGGCUUCCUUUUCAUGACAAUUUGCGCUACUGUAGGUUUGAUCAUGAUGGCUGGAUGCAAUAACCUUGCCACCUUCUGUGCUGCCUAUGUUUUUUACUCCCUCGGGUUUGGAGGUAUGACAUAUUGUGUGGAUGUGAUUACAGCGGAUACCUCUAUGUUGAGAAGUCGAGGCCUGGCCUACGCCUUUACGUCCUCCCCGUAUAUUAUCACAGCGUUCGCAGGGCCAAAGGCAGCGGAUGAUGCCAUCGGUCCCCAUGGUAUUGGCAUGCGCUGGCCCUUUGGCAUUUUCUCAAUCAUAUUUCCCAUUGUGGCAGCCCCUCUGUACGGUGUUUUGAAGUAUAAUAUUCGCAAGGCUGAAAAGGCUGGCCGUGUGGUUAAAGAAAAAAGUGGCCGGAACAUAUUUCAGAGCAUUUGGUUCUAUAUAAUCGAGUUGGAUGUUGUCGGUGUCGUCCUCUUCUCUGCCGGCCUUGUUCUAUUUUUCCUCCCGUUCGAUAUCGCCGGCAGCGCCCCCAGCAGCUGGCAGACUCCUUACAUCAUUGCUAUGCUUGUGGUUGGAUUUGUCCUGCUCUUCGUCUUCAUUUUCUGGGAAGUAUUCAUGGCCCCCAAGCCCAUGUUCCAAUUCAGCUUUCUAUACAACCGGACGGUCAUCGGUGCAUGCCUGUUGGAUGCCACAUAUCAGCUCUGCUACUACUGUUGGAAUAACUACUUCUCAUCCUUCCUGAUGGUGGUGAACGACUUGAGUGUAGCUGACGCUGGAUACGUCACUAACACGUUUGACGUGGUAUCUGGGGUGUUGCUCCUGAUUGUUGGUGCUUUGAUCCGAUGGACUGGUCGUUUCAAGUGGACGCUGUGGAUUGCUGUUCCACUGUAUAUCUUCGCCCAGGGCUUGAUGAUCUACUUCCGGCGACCUGACCAAUCUGUUGGGUACCAGGUGAUGUGCCAGAUCUUUAUUUCCAUCGGUGGAAGUGUUUUCAUUCUCGUUGAGCAGCUAUCAAUCUUGGCUGCCGUCGACCAUCAGCACGUUGCGAGUGUGCUGGCUCUUCUUAAUGUCGUCGGUACCAUCGGGGACAGUAUGGGUGCUACUAUCUCCAGUGCUAUCUGGCAGAACACAUAUCCCAAUGCUUUGCAAAUGUAUCUCCCCGAGUCUGCCAUGUGGGAUUUCGACAUGAUCUACGAGGAUAUCGAUACCCAGCUAAAGUAUGCGGUGGGAACCCCCACCAGAUUGGCCAUCCAGCACGCCUACGGCUAUGCUCAGACAAGAAUGCUCGCGGUGGGAACCGGUAUCAUGGGGCUCGCGUUUAUCUGGACCAUGAUGAUCCGGAACAUCGACCUGAAGAAGGUUCCGCAGGUGGCAGGUACGGUGUUCUAAGAGGACGGACGAAUUCAAGUCGGACAAUUGCGAUAGGCAGAUAAUCUUCCCCUAAUAUUUGUAAUUUAUCAACGGUAUGGCGAUG